CUGAUAUUCCAUCCUCGCCAUUUUGCAAUGUGGUGGAGAGAGAGAGGCCACUUUUUAUAGCUAACGAAUAAAAACUCCCGAGUUUUAUGCGUUGAGGACAAAGAGCGUCGCACUUCAUUUAGUCGGUGAUGGAUGAGAAUUGCAGCGAUGCUGUCCUCAUCUCAAAGUCCUCCUCUACAUCUGAUGCUUCUUCCUCUGCUCCAGUACCUGGAUGUCCCUUUGAACACCAGCCUCACAGGGUCAUAGGUCAGGGUGUCCCAGGAAGUGUCCAACCAAAACAGGUGGAUGAGUCCCUCAUCCAGGUCAUUGAGAAACUCAGCAAGAUAGUGGAGCAGCGUCCGCAGAGGCGCUGCCCUCUGGGGGGGCAGAAAAGAGGGAAACAUCUGGACUCCUCCGAGGUGAGGUUGAAUCCAGGAAGCUCUCCUAACAAGAGGAUGAAGAAUAGCUGCGACGAGGAGGCGAGAGCAGAAGGUAGUGAAACAGAUGGCAUUUCUUCUCUUGCUCUGGGUGACAAUAACAACAGCAUCACUACUGAGCCGAGCGAAAUUGCUGGCGGUUCAAGCCACAUCGACCUCAAACGGACAGUAACGUGCUACCAGUGCAGCCUUUGUCCCUACCUCUCCCAGACGCUGGCCCAGCUCAGAGAGCACCUGAAGCAGCACAAUGAGCAGCACAGCGACCUCAUCCUCAUGUGCUCCGAGUGUCACUUCACGUCCAGAGACCAGGAGCAGCUGGAGGCACACGUCAAGCUGCACUUCGACGACAGGGGCGGCACGACGAGAACCUCCAUGGAAGAGGAAGGAGUUCUGAAACAGUGUGGGGAGGGGGAGCGGGACAGUGAGGUGAGCAAAAGUUCACUAGAUGAGUCAAGCGACCUACCAAAGAAGAAAAAGUGGUAUAGCUACGAGGAGUACGGUUUGUACCGCUGCUUGAUUUGCAGCUACGUGUGCAGCCAGCAGCGAAUGCUCAAGACCCACGCCUGGAAGCACGCCGGCCUCGUCGACUGCUCCUACCCCAUCUUCGAGGAAGAGGAAGGCGGUACAGCAAGACAAGAGACUCAAGCAGCUACCAACAACAUCAUACCCCGAGAGGAUCUAGUGAUCCUGUCUACAGGUCUUCACGAUCAAAAUUUACAGAAGCUCCCAGCUGCCAUCAAAUUGCAACUCUGUGUGCCUGUCGCUACUGAGAACCAGCAGGAUCAAUACAAUCCAUCGGUCUCGCAUUCCAGCGAAGGUUCUGCAACGGCUGCAGAUAAAAACGAGGAGGAGGGUUAUGCCAACAAAGACGUGAGCUCUGAGGAGCCUGUGGUGGAGGUGCAGGUGACUUUGGAGGGAGAUGGCGACAUGGAGGUGGACAGGACCCAAGAGAGCAGCUCCAUUCCUGACAGCCUGCUGUCGUCAGCCCAGAAGAUCAUUAACAGCAGUCCGAACAGCGCCGGACACAUAAACGUGAUCGUAGAGCGCCUUCCGUCAGCCGAAGACACCGUCAUGGUGACAAAGCCUCUUCUCCUCAACUCAGAUGUGGAUAGGGACAAGGGUUUGCUGGCUGUGAAAGAGGAGGAGGAGCAGGAGGAGAACCCUGCAGGAAGUGUUGGCUGUGUGGAUAACUCCACUAACAGUCUUCCAGUAGAUGCUGACUGUAAGUCUCCCCUUCAUAAAGGUGACACGUCCCUAAGGGAUGAAAACAUCCCCCCAACUAGCCGCAAGCGAACGCAUUCCGAGUCGCUCCGCCUCCACUCUCUGGCUGCAGAGGCUCUUGUUGCUAUGCCAAUGAGGAUGCCAGAGCUGCCCACCUCCAGCCCUAAGGUGACCCUGAGGAGCGCUUUACCCCAGAUUCAGAAUCAAAGGAUCUCGGACGGAACUCAGAGCAAACAGAGGGCGUCGGACGUAGAGAAGACAGCAGCCCUGUUGGAAAUGGAGCUUUGCCAGGCCAAACAGGAGGAAUUAGGAUCCCUGGGCCUUGUGGAGGGUGAUGAGGAAGGUCCCACCACUAAAGCUGGAAUCAGCCUUUCACUUCUUACCGUCAUCGAAAGACUUAGAGAGCGCUCAGACCAGAACAUCUCCGAUGAAGACAUCUUGAAAGAGCUUCAGGAUAACGCGCAGUUCCAGAAUGGGGCUGUAGCUGCAGCGAUCACCAGCAACGGAGCUGAGAGUUACGUGUGUAACAUUCCAGGCAUUGAUGGGCUGGUUGGCCCGGCCGACGGAGGGUUGGUGGAUUACAACCCGGGCAACGAGCGGCCGUACCGGUGCCGGCUGUGUCACUACAGCAGUGGCAACAAGGGUUACAUUAAACAGCACCUGCGUGUUCAUAGACAGAGGGCGCCAUACCAGUGUCCCAUCUGUGAGCACAAAGCCUCAGACAGUAAGGACCUGGAAAACCACAUGAUCUACCACUGCAAGAGCAGGAUGCACCAGUGCAAAUACUGUCCGGAUGCCUUCCACUACAAGAGUCAGUUAAGAAAUCAUGAAAGAGAGCACCACAGCUGCAGCAGCGACACGCCAUCACCCACAACGGGGACCGACACCAUCAUCCCAGUGGAAGAAUCUGAACGGGGAACAGACGAAGAAGGUGGGGUGCCAAAGAUGUACAAAUGUGAUGUGUGCAACUAUACCAGCUCUACUUAUGUAGGGGUGAGAAACCACAGGCGGAUCCAUAACUCUGACAAACCGUAUCGCUGCUGUAGCUGUGAUUUUGCCACCACCAACAUGAACAGCCUGAAGAGCCACAUGAGGAGGCAUCCUCAGGAGCACCAGGCUGUGCAGCUGCUGGAGCAGUACAGGUGCUCCUUGUGCGGCUACGUGUGCAGCCAUCCGCCGUCGCUCAAAUCCCACAUGUGGAAGCACGCCGGGGACCAGAACUACAAUUAUGAGCAGGUCAACAAGGCCAUCAAUGAAGCCAUCUCCCAGAGCAGCCGAGUGUCUCAGAGACGGCCUGCUGGCCCGGAGUCUGGGGCCGAGUGUCCAGCGGUGACCCUGCCUUUAAAGGAGAUGGCCAGCUGCCAGGUGGACCCUCACCCAACACACGCAUCAGUAACAAAAGCCUCUCUGCCUUCCGACAGCCCGGCCGGACCACCCACACCCCCUCCAGACUCCACCCAGGGGAAGCGCACAGGGCCCGCCACGACGGGGCCCCCGAUGGAGUACUGCAUGCUGCUGUUCUGCUGCUGCAUCUGUGGCUUCGAGUCCACCAGCAAAGAGCGUCUGAUGGAGCACAUGAAGGAGCACGAGGGCGACAUCAUCAGCAUCAUCCUCAACAAGGAGCAGCAGGAGGCGGAGGCCCAGGCCGGCCUCCAGACAGCAGAGUGACACGCAUCCGUAUGUGUUGAGGUCAGAGGUCACUCCGAUGUCUGCUGUGUCACACAGGCACCUCUUAUAGGCUUCAGGAAGAGGAAUGUGAUUUUAAUCCGUUAAUAUUCAUGUCAAAUUAUUUCACCUUACAAAGCUUCAGCCCAAGUUCGAACAGUAAUAAGCUCAACCUUCAAUAAAUCACAAAACAUUCAACUACUUCCUUCCCUAAUUUGAUCACUUUCCUAUGACGGCAGCUCUUUCAUUGCUACUGUAGUAUUUACCGUGUUUGGUGCGACAUGGCUGAGGUUCUCAUCCUGUAAAGAGUUAGCAGCACACCUUCAUCAGAGCCUAAAGGCUCUCAUCGCUGCUCCAACAGAAGGAAUAUUUAUCCGUUUGUUUUUCCGUUAGCUUCCAGUUUGAAGAGAGGUGUUAGUUUCUUUAAGUUUGUUGUAUGGUUUGUAAAGUAGAGAAGGAAGUGGAAGUAAUAUACAUUGACUGAGGUGUUGUUUUAAAUGCCUGUAGACAAAAGGAAUGACAAAAAGGGAAGUCUGUUAGUAUGUUAGUUAUUUGAAUCUGCCAGUGCCAAGGUUAGGAUGUAGGAAAACGUUUCCUUAAAGUAGUCACGGUUAUCUCUCAUGUUUGUGGUGCUAUGUUCAUUUGAAAGCAAACAUUUGUAUGUAUUUUUAUAUCUCCUGCUGUUUAUGUUGCUUGUGUGAGUGUGUGCGUUUAGUAAAGUUUUUAUUAUAUUUUAGCGUUCUCAAAAGUACAAAUCAUCUCCUGACCAGAGCGUUUCUUAACACAGCAGACCCCCGCCACUCAUGGUUCAGUACUUACAAAUUAUCCUGUAGACAUGAUUACAAAUUUUUUGCAGAAAAUUCACCCAUUUAUUAAUAUGGUUUGUAAAUACUCUACAAGAAAAUUCCACUUGGGAAGUGAAACUACUUAAAAGCAAUGCUACUUGACACACCAUUGGCUGGCGUUAGCAAAGCAGCCAAUCCAGAAGCGGCAUUCGUUUUCAAGAUAGAUGAGGAAGACUCGCCUAUCUUGAAAACGAGAUGGAUGAGUCUCGUUUGGCGAGACUCGUUUCUCUACUUUGGCGAUAGCGUUAAGACGCUUUCCACUGUGUGUGUUAAUGCAUAUUAAGGUAUAUCUGGUAUUUGAGCUGUUAAUAUAGCAGUUGUAAGCAUUUUUAGACGGGGUGUCAAGUUUUCACUGAUCACUGGGGGUUCACUGUAAUUGCCUACACAGUGGAACAUUUUGUUUCAUGUCAUGGUUGAAACAAUGCAGUGAAACAUUUUUGAGUGGAAGCAGCUGCAUUGUUCACCUUAUUCCUGUAACCAUGAUGCUUUGCAUGAACUGUUUAACACACACAGGUCAGGAGAACAUGGAAUCAGGAAUACUACUGCUGAAAAUUGCAGUGACAACGUAGACGAGCGCAAUCUCUUCUAAAUCUUUUCCUUCUAUACCUUGUCACCACAACCAUACUGUUCUAGGAGUUUUGAAUCUAUGAUCAAUAUGUGGAUCAUGGCACUUACAGCAUCACAUUCCACCAAAUAUUCUAUCCAAGCAGUACAGGAAUAAGGUGGAUAAGAAGUUUGGAUUAAAACAGAUUGGUUAUUGCAGGUUGGCUCACAACAAAGCUACACUAAAAAAGAUUGUAUGAAUAUUUGAUAAAUAUAUUGCCUCAAAGAGCGUACGUACGAAGAGAUUAGCUGAAAGCGGUCGUACAUUUACUAAAAUAUGUUGGUUGCACUUAGUGUUAUUAAUCCCAGCAUAAAUCCUCAUGAAACAUUUUACAUUAACAUAAAAAAACAUUUAUGUAUGAACUCAUUCUCCUUGCUCAGCUGCUAGUUAGCAUGAAGUGACAGCUCAGCAUGCUAGUAGAUUUUUAGCUCGUGUUUUAGUUCAAUCCAACCAGGUUGUUACUGUUUAAUUUAGUCGUCUUUAAUAAUGUGGGAUUUCAGCCUCUUGUAAAAACGUGUAAAAUAUAGAAAUUUGGAAAUUUAAGAAACCUCAAAGAUUGAAUUUACAGAAAAUUGGGAAACAAAUGCCUUGAACUCCAAGUUAGCAUGGGUUAGCCAGUUUCAAGUUGCCAAAGAAAACUUUCCAACACCUUUAAACUGGCAAAAUAAUGAAAUUCUGCAUGCAAGUCUACUAGUGGGUUUGAAUUUUGCUUUUGUUUUGUAGGUGAAGAUUAUCUGAAAUGUAAUGUUACACCAGAGUUAAUUAAACUUAUUCAAAGCUGUUGUACAUGAUCUUUCAACAUACCAGAACAAUAAUUACCUUUGUUGGUUAAAUGCCCACAAGUUUAAAAUUUGAUAUUUUAAUUGGAAGGCAGUUUUUUCUUAUGCUGCUUCCUGAAGGGCUAAAUUUCUGGUAACUUUGCACAAUUAGUAACCAAACUGUGGUGUGUUGUCACAGAACACACCACAUAGAAUUUAUAAUCCACCUGUUUUGAAACAUUUCCCCUCCUUUGAAAAGAGGUGAAGAUGGCUUUGUGGAAACGUUAGCUGUAGCUAAAAACACAAACAGGGACAUCUUGAAUACCAGAGAAACUCUACAUCUUGAUCAUUUUAAAGUAACACGUGUUUUUAACUAGAUGCAAGAAUCAGCAGGUAAAAUAGGUAAUCAAGUCUAGUUCCUGUUACAGAUAACAUGACCAAUAAACUAGAUUACAUGAGCAGAAAAUGACUUAAAACAGUGUUCAAAUCUGGAAUUAUUUUUACAUUUUGUCCGACUGCUACAAGAUAAAAGCUACUCCAGAUUUUAUAGCCUCUGUGUGAUUAACUCACAAUAAUCAGUGCAGUUUUUUUUGCUCCUGAUUGGACAUACUGAGGUUUUCUACAGCCACUCUUCACUAUACCCAACCAUACCGAAAACUGUGACUCUGAAUUAUUCCAUCGUAAUGCAUACAAAUAUUCACUUCAGUCUUUUUCUUUUUAAAAAAAAAAAAUCUAGCAUGGAAUGUUAAAAGUAGCCUUACUGGCUUUCGUGUGCCAAAGUUUGAGGAUGUAACAUGAGAGCUGAAGAAAACCAGUCGAAUGUGUAACCUCUAAAUUGUCCUGAAUUGUUCCGACAAAACUUUCUCCAUUUUACUGAAUAUCAGCAGAGAACUUUAGCACUUGUUGUAUCUGUUGCUUUUUGUCUUUUUCUCAGUUAAACCCGACAGAUUUUUGAUCUUUUAGAUGACGGGAAGCUCUGAGGCAUGAACCAGACAUGCGUAUGAAGGCUCACGCCUCAGCUUUUUAUUCGUUUGAAACAUGUUGUCUCAAAAUUAAAAUAUUUCAGGAGGAACAAAAUAUUGAACUGAUACUUUAUUUACUCAGAACUGACACAAACUUUAAGCAAAGUUUUUGAGACUUGUGUGUUAUAUUUCUAAUUAUUAUGAAAGAUAUAUUUAUAUAUAAUAUGUGGUAUAUUUUAUGUGUGUUGGAGCACAUGGAAAUUCUAUCCAUUUUUCUCGCUGUAAGUUUUGCUAAACACCACAACUACAUGGCCUUUAUUGUGUGCCAUAUUUCUGUUAAAAAGCAAUGAUCUCUUGUCUGUUUUUUUGUUUUUGUGCCUUUUAGUGUUUUUGUGUCUGAAAGAAUUUGUAGAAUAUUAAAUAACCCUGAUCCUCUGAAACCUUUGUUUUCAUCAUUCAGGUCAAAUAAUCCAACACACCAAGUACAUUAGGCAGCCCUGAUGUAUCACAAACCAGAGCUCAAAUGCUUUCACCUUAACAACCUCAAAAACUGACAUUUCUAUAAAAUAUGAAAUAUUUUUAAAAGUUCAUUAUGCUAUAAAAGGUUUUCAAAUAGAUUUUUUUUGCUAACUUUUGAUCUAUUUAGAAGAAAUCUUGGUUUGAAGUUCAGCAUAGCAAGACGAGCUAUGUCUAUUUGAACCAAAGGACACGACGUCUACUCUGUAUUUUUAUGCUCGUAUCAAAUUUUGUAACAGAUUCAACAUGAAAAUGUCUCGGACUUUAAUGUGACACUUGCUUUGUUUGUAUUUAUUUUUAAACAUCCUACAAAGUAUUUCAUCACUUUGUCAUUGUAUCUUUUGCUAAUAAAGAGAAUGUGAAAUGA